CAUUGGUUGACUUGCUAGCUGUUAACAACGAGGCCUGCGCGAAUGCUGCUCGUACUAGUGGGCCUGCCCGGCGCGGGCAAGACCUACCUCGCCCGCCGCCUGGUGGCGCGCGGCAACUGGCGGCAUGUGAGCCAGGACGAGCUGGGCAGCCGGCGCGCAUGCGAGGAGGAGUGUGUGCGGGCGUUGCGACAAGGCUGGAACGUGGUGGUGGACAGGUGUAAUUUUGAUGAGCAACAGCGAAGCCACUGGGUGCAACUCGCGCGGUCGUGCCGGUCGGGGCCGGCGAUGCAGUUGGUGGCCGUUCAACUAUUGUUGCCUCUUGACCUGUGCCGGGAGCGGGCACGCGGGCGCACCGAACACCCCACCCUGGGACCACACAACUGUGACGAGGUCAUCUCCAGGUUCGCCGCGGACUUUGUGCACGUGCGACCGGGAGAGGGCUUCCAGCGGGUCAUCACGGUGCACAGCAGCACGGAGGCGGAGGUGCAGAUUGAGGCACUGGCGGCGGAGGCGGACGCGGCGGUGAUGGCGGGAGACCCGGCGGCAGGUCGACGACCGGCCCUUAACAGCGUAGCAGGAGCAGCCGCCUACAGUGGGGCCGGAGGCGGAGGUGGCGGGGAAUACAGCUAUGGCGGAGGUGGAGGUGGUAGCGGAGGCGGGUGGCAAGGAGGGGACCUCAGAAGCGGCUGGCACGGCCAGCCGGCGCCACAGCAAUGGAGUCAGGGGCACGGCGUGUACGACCCGCGCAGCGGCUACGGCAGGCGCGGAGGCUAUGGCGGGCGUGGGAGCUAUGGAGAGUGCGGAACUUAUGGCGGGCGCGGGGGACUCUGGGGCGAUCGCGGAGGUUAUGCUGGCUACGGCGGGCACAGCGGUCAGGGCAGCCACACUGCCGCCGCUUUUGCCAGCGUGCAAAGCAGCCAGCAUGGGAGCGGGCACAGCAGUAAGAGCAACGGCCGUAGCAAUGACUUGCACAGCAGCGGCCAGGAAAGCAGCAGGAACGCAAACGGCCAUGCAAAUGGCCGCGGGUCUGACGGGCGAGGCGGCGGCAGCCGCGGUCGGCAGGGCGGCAGGGGCCGCGGUGACGCACGCAGCGGCAGUCACAAAGCCAUCGAGGCGGAACUAAGGGCUCAAUUUGCUAACCCAAGCUCCACCGUGCCCUACGACACGCCCGCCCACCCCGGCAUCACGCCCGACCCGCGACCCGUGCUUCUAUUCGACCUGAACGGCACCCUCACCUCACACACCAGCGUGCGCCGGGCCAGCGGCACCACGAGACUGCGCCCCGGCGCCGGAGAGCUGCUGCGGCGGCUGCAGCCGCACUUCAGGUUGGGCAUCUACACCUCCUCCACUCCGCGCACCGUCAACACGGCCCUGCAGCUGCUGGAGGCAGAUGCGGCAGCGGCGGCGACGGGAGGGCUGGCGGCAGCCGGCGGCGGCGGCGCGUCAGCGGCGGUGCCGCAGGUGUUUGAACGCGCACUGAUCCUGCACCGGGAGCACACCGAGCCGGUGCCCAACGCGCACGUGGCUGGUGGCGGCGACCCGUGGGACACGCUGAAGCCGCUGGCCCGCUACUUCGGCCGCCUGCACCGCCUGGCGCUGGUUGAUGACGACGCGUACAAGGCACUGCCGGGCGAGUCGAGCAACAUGCUGCUACUGCCGUGCUGGCGACACGAGGACCCCGGUUGCCGGGUGCUACAGCGCCUGGGGGACCUGCUGCUGCAGCUGGUGGCGGGGCUGCCAGCGGACGCCGAUGUGCGGCCCCACAUGGCGGCUAUCUCGGAGCAGCUGCGGCAGGAGGCCGCGGAGGGCGGGGCACAGCAGCAGGGGGCAGAGGGGGAGGAGGAGGAGGAGGAGAGUGGGGAGGAGGAGAGUGGGGAGGAGGAGGACGCGUUUCCGCCCGGCCCUGAGUAUGGGGCAGGCCAGGCGGUCGGGGAAGGUGCACAGCAGUUGAAAGGCGGUGGGAGGUAAGAGAGCUGUAGGAAGCCAUGCUAGAGGGCAGGCUGGGGAGCUGCAUGGACCGCAGGCUCGUAUAGAGCAAGCGGGCGUGAUUGUGUCAUUGUGUGGGCAGGGUCUGGUUCUGAUCGCGCAAUCCGUCUUGGUUGUAAUUGUUUUUGCUUCAUACAGCCGUAUACCCAAGUGUAGAACGUAUUGCACGCAAGUCUGAGCACAAGUCCGCGCCAAAACAGACUUCUGGAGUCUUCGUGGCGUGUGGUGCCAAGUCCACUAGCUAAAUAGGUUUGUCAUUGUAACAGUAAAUGGCU